AUGAUCUAUCGACACCACAAUGAAGCUUUGUUCAGCUUCUUUUUCUCUUCAAGUCAUGGCACCAAUGACAGGAAGAGACCCAAGAAUCAGUUGGCUCCUAAUCAAAACUGUUUGAAAUCUACCGAAUUAUUAAUAACGCGACUAUAUUUAACAGGAGAAGCAAGGAAAAGCACAAAAAUUAAAAAACCAACAACUGAAAACACUAAUGUUUAA